AACGUUUUCUUGUCUGGAUUCAGACACACACGCUCGCACCCACCCACCCCGCCACCACUUUAGAGAGAGAGAGAGAGAGAGAACACCACCACCACCACCUCUGUCAAAUUCAGUGUCCAACAAUUUUCAGAUUCAACUUUCUGUGUUUGCGAUCUGGUACUGGACCAAGCCAUGGAUCAUGUGAUUCAGCUGCAGAGGAAGCUGCGUGAACACGAAACUGCCAUGUUUCGCGAGGGGUUUCUGGAUGAUCAGUUCAGCCAGCUUCAGAAACUGCAAGAUGAGACCAGUCCAGAUUUUGUGAUUGAGGUUGUCACCAUGUUCUUUGAUGAUUCUGAGAAUCUCCUCAACAGCAUGGCACGUGCUCUAGAACAAGUACCUGUGGAUUUCAAACAAAUAGAUGCUCAUGUGCAUCAGUACAAAGGAAGCAGUGCUAGUGUUGGUGCUGCCAGAGUUAAAAAUCUCUGUGUUCCUUUCAGAAAUUUUUGUGAGACUCAGAACUUGGAAGGGUGUGUGAGAUGUCUACAACAACUGCAACAUGAAUACAGUCUACUGAAGAACAAUUUUCAAUAUUUGUUUAGGCUGCAGCAAGAAAUCAAGGCUGCUGGUGGUUCUUUUCCGACAAUAGAAUAGAUGGAGGUGACAUGAUUGCUUACUAGGGAAAAUGAGGAUUGAAUUAAAUGAUGCUUUUUCCUUUAGCAGCUGAUUUUGUUUUUCUGGAUUAUACCUCAUGAAUGAUAUCAAGUUUCAUUUGAUCGCUGGGAUAGUGCUGUUGUGAAUAAGCAUUUCUAGCCUAGUUUGUUACAUGUAUGAUAUGAUUCUUUUCCAAUAAACUGUUGAGUACUUAUCUAAAGUUUCAUAUUUUUAUACUCAAAAUAAAGUGAUAAAGUUUAUAUUGA